AAACUUCAUACAAGAACUUCGUACCAUCGAAGUAUGUAAAAUAUAUCGUAAAGUUAUCAUGUAAAGCUUAGAUAGCAACGUUUAAGUAAAUUCAAAUUUUAUAAACACAAAUAAUUUCAUUACCAAAGCAUUAGGGUCGAUGUUGUUAUGACGCAGUAAAUGACGUUGCAAUAACUUUGCUCCUUUUGUGUCCAGUACAAAGUUGUUGCCAUGAAGAAAGUAUUGUUAUUUAAGAGCGCUUCGGAGGACUACGUAAAGGCUUUCUCAGAACAUAACUAUCAGACCGUAUUCAUUGAACCUCUCCAGUUUGUAUAUGUGAACUUGCAAGAGCUAAGUGAGAAACUGCAAAGCCUCUACUACCAGCCUGGCCUCAUAUUGACCAGCCCCAGAGCCAUUGAAUCGGUUUCCAAGUGCUGGGCUCCUUCUAAAUUCGUGACAUGGAACACGAAACGCAUUUACACAGUUGGUGAAUCAAGUGCACGCAAAGUUAAACUCCUGCUAGGUCUAGAAGCAUUGGGAACGAGAACAGGAAAUGCAGAAAACUUGGCCAAACUAAUUUUGCAGGAGAAUUCAAGCCCAUCCAACUUCCUCUUUCCUUGUGGAAAUUUAAGUUCAGAACUAUUACCUAGUAAGUUACAGUCGGGAGGGAUCACACUUGAUUCUCUAACUGUUUAUGAGACCAAGGAAAAUGAAAACUUGAGAUCAGAUCUGAUGAGAGUGAACGAGGAUGCCGAGGUGUGCUGUAUGGUUUUCUUCAGUCCCUCAGGUUGUGAAUAUGUGCAGAGACAGCUGCAGACUUUCAGCAACAAGCUGGCACACCUGCCACAUUUUGCCAUUGGCAACUCAACCGCACACAAGAUUGAGAAUCUCGGUUUAGAAAUAGCUGGCGUGGCGGCAAAGCCCAAAGCAGAAAAUGUUUUAGAAUCAGUGGAACAUUACUUCAGAACUUUAUAAAAUAAUGUGUAACACAUUGCGGUGUAGGAAUUAAUUGUAAAUAAACUUAUUAUUUGGAAAUGUUAGUUAUAACUGAGGGGCAUUUGUGAAUAAGUUACAUGUAUAUGAAUAAAUUUUUAUUGUGAUAUGUAUGUGUGGGAUUGUAGGGCAAAUGUUGUUAUUGUUCUGGCUGCAGUGAUGAUAGACGACAGCCAAGCGUGGCCUCACAUCCGUGCCGGCUGAUCUGCCGUCUCAUGUGGAUCCACUCUAUCGUAUCCAUCAGUCAUUAAAAGAGACCAUUAAAAAUCACAGCACAAAAAUCAUUGCACAUGUGCAUAUUUUUGCAGAUAAAUUGACCUUUGUAUGAUUUCAAACAACCAAAAUGUCCAAACUGUAUUUACAACACAUGAUGCAAUGCAAGAAAAAAUUGUAAUAAAAAAUGUAUGUAGUUUUUAUGUACAUGUCAAUCACAAAUAACUUUUUUUAUAAAUUUAAUUAUAUGUCAUCUCAUAAAACUAACUUGCUUUUCUGAAUAAACAAAAACAUGCUUGUAUUCAUAAUAUAGUGAACAUAGAUUUGGUACACAAAAGUGUGAUGUGUUGGCCUCCAGAGACCUUUUGUGUUGAAUUUGUCUAGCUUGAAUGGAAACUUUUACAUAUUUAUUUCUUAGUUCAUGGUAAAGUUUUAUCAUAUUAUA